AUGGUGAAAACAUUGUUCGGGAUUUCUGUCGUUCGUCUGCUCGCUCUGAGCAGCAGCCUCCUUGCGCUUAUCUCCUGGGCCUCGUCGUUGACGCUCCAAGAUGACCGGGCCGCGGCAUGGCCUUAUGGCCCGUUUUUGGUGUCAGGCACUGAGAUGAAAAACUCGCAAGGCGACAGCAUCGUUUAUGCCGGCACGAACUGGGAUGGCCAUGGUGAAGUGAUGAUUCCCGAUGGUCUGCAGUACCAAUCAGUCGAGUCUGUUGUGAGCAUGAUCAAGAGCCUGGGAAUGAACGCCAUCCGCCUGACGUAUCCCAUCCAACUGGUCGACCAGAUCUACGACAACGGAGGCAAGGAUACCACAGUGCAGUCGUCUUUCAUCCAAGCCCUUGGACAGACCAACGGUACUAAGGUGUACAGCCAGUUCCUUGCGAAGAACCCAUCCUUCAACACGAACACAACGCGGCUCCAGGUGUUUGACGCGGUGGCGGCCGAACGGCAUUCGUGGUUCGGAGACAGCGACUACAACGUCGCAAACUGGGUGAGGGGCCUGACGUACAUGGCAAACCACGGAAAGUCGUGGACCGCGUUGACAUCGAUAUCGCUGCGCAACGAGCUCCGCUCGCCCGACAACAACGCGACCCUCAAGUCGGAGUCGUACAACUGGCGGGACUGGUACACCUUCAUCAAGCAGGGCUCCAGUGCGAUCAACGCGGCGAACUCCGACAUCCUCAUCUUCCUCUCGGGCUUGGACUUUGAUACCUGGAUCACGCCUAUGGUGCAGGGCACGGCGAUGACACCCGGUACAGCCACGUACAGCGCGGUUGACUUUCCGGGAUACGCCAACAAGCUGGUGCUCGAGAUCCAUAACUACAACAACGACGCGACGAACUGUUCCAGCCUCCAGAGCACCUUGUACCACGACGGGUUCCAGGCCAUGCACCCCGAAGACUCCGAGGCCGUCAACGUGUUACCGGUGCUGCUGACGGAGUUCGGGUUCGAGCAGACGUCGACAGAAUGGCAGCGUACGUAUGCCACGUGCAUCGCGAACUACCUCUCGCAGCAGAAGGCGGGAUGGUUCAUCUGGGUCAUAUCAGGGAGCUACUACAUAAGAUCAGGAACCCAGGACUAUGACGAGACGUGGGGCCUCCUGACGCACGACUGGUCGGCCUGGAGGAGCCAGUCGUACAUUGAUGGAGGUCUGAAGCCAUUGGUUGAGAACACAGCGAAGGGAUAG